CGUAGACAAACCCCGGUGUAAAAUACUUUUUGGUCUCGAGAAUAGCUUGUAUGUACUAUCAGUUUAACACGUGUUCCAGAGACGUAGUGAACGACUUUUUUGUUCUUCAAAAAGGAGUGUCUUCUAAAAAUGCAGAAUAUAAAUACACGGGAUGGCGUCUCAAACAAAGGAUACGAACACGAUCAGGUAUCCAUAAACGAAGUAUUUGCAAUACGGAAAGAGAAAAAUGGAAAAGUCACUAAAAAGGUAGAAAGACAAAAUUGGGGCAACAACCGUGAAUUUUUAUUGUCCUGCAUCGCCACGUCUGUUGGACUUGGAAACAUAUGGAGAUUUCCGUUCACGGCCUAUGAAAAUGGCGGAGGUGCUUUUCUCAUACCUUAUAUAAUUGUCCUGUUCAUCGUGGGAAAACCGUUUUAUUAUCUGGAGAUGAUAAUGGGACAAUUCACCAGCAGAUCAUCCGUCAAGAUGUGGUCCAUUGUUCCUGGCUUUCGUGGUGUCGGCUGGGCCCAAAUGUGCUCCAUGAUUUCCGUUGUAACUUAUUAUUGCUCCUUGAUGUCAGUUACUCUGUACUAUCUGAUUGGCAGCUUCCAAUCAGAGUUACCUUGGUCCAAAUGUCGGCCGGAAUGGGGAGAUUCGUGUGUGAAUUCUGGAAAGAGCGAGAACAGUACUUCCAACGUGUCUCAUGAGAACGAAACUCUGAGAAGCUCAGCCGAAUUAUAUUUUUCGAAAAUCGUUCUCAAGGAAAAAGAUAAUAUCGACGAUGGCGUCGGUCUGCCGGAUUUGAACCUGACUAUAUGUCUUUUCUUCGCCUGGGCCUGCAUUUUCGCUGUACUAGUGCGAGGUGUUAAGAGUUCCGGUAAAGCUGCUUACUUCCUGGCACUUUUUCCUUACGUCGUCAUGAUAGCCCUAUUGAUAAGAGCUGUCACUCUCGAGGGCGCUAUCAAUGGAAUAAUCUUCUUUAUAAAACCAAAUUGGAGUAAAUUAUUCGAUCCGAAUGUCUGGUACGCGGCUGUCACGCAAUGCUUCUUCUCGCUGUCAGUUUGUUUUGGUGGUGUCGUCAUGUAUUCCUCGUACAAUAACUUCGAUCACAAUAUCUACAGGGACGCAAUGGUCGUUACUACUCUGGACACUUUCACUAGUCUCAUGGCUGGUUUUACGAUUUUUGGUAUUCUGGGUAAUCUGGCCCACGAAUUGGGGACCGACGAUAUCGGUAACGUAGUCCGCGGCGGAACCGGUCUAGCUUUUGUCUCUUAUCCGGACACUAUUUCAAAGUUCACCGUACUACCUCAGCUCUUCUCGGUCCUUUUCUUCUUGAUGCUCUAUGUCUUGAGUAUCGGCAGUGCAGUCUCCUUGGUUGGUGGAAUAAGCAGCAUCAUUUGUGACCAAUUUCCCAAUUGGAAACAUUGGCACGUUGUUUUGGGAACUACGCUUUUUGGUUUUUGCGUAGGAACGAUUUACUGUACACCGGGUGGUCAAUUUGUACUGGGAUUGGUCGACUACUACGCAGGAUCAUUCAUCGUCUUUGUCCUGGCUACCCUGGAGAUCACCGGUAUCUUUUGGGUUUACGGACUCGAGAACUUCCUGGAUGAUGUGGAGUUCAUGCUAGAAAAAAGGCCCAGCGUUUACUGGCGAAUAUGUUGGGGCUUUGUGACUCCUUUACUCCUGGCGGCCAUCUUGAUCUACACAAUUGCCAGGUUAACGCCACUUACCUACGGUGGUGUUAUGUAUCCAUCUAGCGCCUAUGCUGCUGGAUGGACGCUUUUUGCUUUUGGUGUCUUGCAAAUACCAUUCUGGAUGAUCUAUACGAUCCUCACCAAAAAAGAUCUAGGAGUACCGGAAAUGUUCCUUGAAGCCUUCAGGCCCUCCAGCGAGUGGGGUCCUAGAAACGCACGACACUUGGCCGCCUGGCGGCAAUUUAAGGAAAAGGCGAAGAAGAAACGCGAGCAAAGAAACAGUUCAAGAAUCAAACAAUUCGUAUACGUCAUGUUUGGCUGCGAGAGCAAAUUACUGUGAUAAUCUCGAGUGCCUGCAUCUCUCUAUUCUUUUUCAUUUUCUUUUUUUUUACAUUUUUACGCCUAAUCCACUAUAAUGUAUUUUCGCAAUCGCACUGAUAAAUGAUAUUUAUGUCAUCAUA